AUGAAAUACUUAGCUGCUUACUUGUUAUUGGUUGAAGGUGGUAACGCUGCCCCAACUGCUGCUGAUAUUAAGGCCGUCAUUGAAACCAUUGGUGUUGAAGCCGACUCUGCCAGAAUUGAAAGUUUAUUAAAAGCUUUGGACGGUAAGACUGUUGAAGAAUUGGUUGCAGAAGGUUCUACCAAAUUGGCUUCCGUUCCAGCUGGUGGUGCUGCUGCUGCUGGUGGUGCUGCUGCUGGUGGUGCUGCUGCCGGUGAAGAAGCUGCUGCUGAGGAAGAAGAAGAAGCUAAAGAAGAAUCUGAUGAUGAUAUGGGUUUCGGUUUAUUCGAUUAA